AUGGCAAGUUUCAUGAUGGGCAGUGACAGUGGGAUGGAUCAUGCUUUCAUCACAGGUAGUCGGAACACUUUGAAAAUGAUUGACCCUAUCGAGGACAUGUUAAUGCUAGAGCUUCAAGGUCAAUUCAAGGGGAAUUGGGAUGAGUAUCUACCUUUGGCAGAGUUCACCUACAACAAUAGCUAUCACUCGAGCAUUGGGAUGUCACCUUAUGAGGCAUUGUAUGGGAGACAAUGUUGGACUCCAUUACAUUGGAAUAAGAUUGGUGAAAGGAAACUUCUAGGCCCUGAGAUUGUACAUGCGAUAGUGGAUAAGGUCAAUAUUACACAAGCCAAGUUGAAAGCAGCACAAGACAUGCAAAAGAGCUAUGCGGACGUGCGUAGGAAAGAUCUCAAAGAGAUAGGUCCAGUGGCUUACAAGAUUGACUUACUGGAGGAGCUUUCUCGAGUCCAUAAUGUUGUUUACAUCUCCAUGCUUCGCAAGUAUAUCUCAAAUGCAUUGCAUGUGUUUGGGACACUGGAGAUUGAGUUGAGGGACAACAUGUCUUAUGAGGAGCAACCAAUGCAGAUUUUGGGAAAGGAAAAGAAAAGACUUCUCAAUAAGACUAUACCUUUGGUGAAAGUUCUUUGGAGAAAUCACCUUGUCGAGGAGGCGAUUUUGGAGUGA